GCUGCCUUCAUGGCGCUUCGCUUCCUGCGUCGCCCACUGCUCUACCUACUAAUUCUGUCUCCGGUACUUGCCUACAGAAGAUCUUCAAACUCUUCUGCAAGCCGGUCUUUGCCUUACUCGAGCUACGAGCUUUCUGGUCUCACGCAGGGAACUGUGCCUGAAAAAUGUCCACCAUGUUUUAAUUGCAAGCUUCCCGUGUUUGCUUGUGGACAGUAUGGAGAAUGUAAUGAGUACGACGGGCAAUGCAAGUGCCCAGCGGGUUGGGGAGGAAUAGACUGCUUAAUACCACAAUGUGAUUCACUUGCGGAUGGAGACCAGCGACGGCUUCGGGAAGAGGGCAAGGCAUGCGAAUGUAAGGAAGGAUGGGGAGGUAUCAAUUGCAACGUUUGUCAGACUAACCAGGCUUGUGCCAACUUUCCUCUGGCUGGGGGCCCCGAGAACCUGGACGAUGAAAUUGACCCAGAAGACAUGAGGUGUUAUACAGGCGGCGAGACGGUGUUCAACAACCACCAAAUGUGCAACGUAACAAACCGCAAAAUUAUCGAUCAAGUCGGCGCCCAUCGACCUGUCCAAGUAACCUUCAGCUGCGAAACAGCUCGGGAUACGUGCCAGUUCCAGUUCUGGGUGGACCAGAAGGAAUCAUUUUACUGCGCUCUGGAUCAAUGCAGUUCGAAAUCUUCCAAUGAAUACUCCACAAACGGGACAACGUAUGACUGCGAACAUAUCAAGUGCAACUGUAUCCCAGGACGAUUCAUUUGUGGAGAAGACGGCAGCGUCAAUAUUGACGACUUUUUGCGGGAAGAGAUCAAGGGUCCAGCCAAGUUUAGCUGCAAGUCCGGCGCGGGAUGCCGGUUUGAGGAACCCGCGAUGAACGAGCUCAUCAGCGACAUUUUUGGCGACCCUUACAUCACCCUUAAUUGCGAUGGUGGUGAAUGUCUCCACUUUUCCCAAGUCCCCGGUUUCGUGCGGCCGCCCAAACCCGAUAACACCAAAUGGAUGGCUCUUAGUGCGGCAGGAGUGGGCAUCAUCAUUCUUAUCUCGUCUGCUUCUCUAUGGUAUGCUGGUCGAGCAAGCGGAGGCGAGUUCGGUCAAAUCCGUCUGCCAGACGAUGAGCAAGCCCGACUCAUGAACGAUCACGUUCCGGCAACUCUCCAUUUCUCCAAUAUCUCGUAUACGCUUGGCUCGCGGGUUUUACUCGACAACAUUUCUGGAACGGUCAAACCCGGGCAAGUUUGCGCGAUUAUGGGUGCUUCUGGAGCCGGCAAAUCUACAUUCCUCGACAUUCUCGCACGCAAGGCCAAACGAGGAACUGUUUCAGGCACCACCUACGUUAACGGCCGUGAGGUUGCCAACGACCAAUUCAAGGCUGUCACCGGUUUUGUGGACCAAGAAGACACCCUUAUGAGCACGUUAACGGUCUACGAAACAGUGCUUUAUAGUGCCUUGUUGCGCUUGCCGAGAGACAUGAGUUUAGAAGCGAAAAAAUUCAGAACGCUGGAGACGAUGAACGAGCUAGGCAUCUUGGGUAUUAAAGAUUCGCGAAUUGGAGGCGUUGGCCAUCGCUCUAUAUCCGGAGGCGAGAAGCGUCGAGUGUCCAUUGCCUGUGAGCUUGUCACCAGUCCCUCCAUCCUGUUCCUCGAUGAACCCACUAGUGGACUCGACGCUUAUAAUGCCUUCAACGUUGUAGAAAGCCUAGUUUCUCUGGCACGAGACUACAACCGAACUGUGCUCUUCACGAUCCAUCAGCCUCGGAGUAACAUAGUGGCACUUUUCGACCAACUCAUCCUGCUUGCAUCCGGAAAGCUGGUCUACGCUGGCGAGUUCUCUAAAUGUCAAGCUUACUUCUCCGAUAUCGGCCAACCUUGUCCACCUGGUUUCAACAUCGCCGACUUCUUCAUUGACCUUACGAUGCAUGCGAGUUUGGAUGAGCGUAUGAGCCAUGAUAUCAGUCCAACGCUCGAGCCAGAAUCGCCCCACGAAGACCUGACGAACCUGGGAGAUGAAGAACGGGGUCUGCUGCGACAAGCACCUUUGCCGUUAUCAGUUCGCUCUCGUGGUUCCACAAGUCCUGACCUCGAGGAAACAGAACUACAGACGCGAGCCAACUCGAAUGCUGGAGUCAACUAUAUCAAACGCAAAACUUCACAGCUGCUCGAGGCAGUGUCGUUGUCAUCAUCGGGCAAAAAGGUCACAAAUGCGCCGUUGCCGCCAAAGUUAGCUGCUUUGGUUGACGCUUAUGCUGAGAGCGGCAUCGCCAAAGGGAUCAAGGAAGAGGGCGAAGCGUUGAGAAGAGCGACAACAGGUGGUUUGCCCGACGUUGCUGUGGAAACUACAUUAUUGCGAGGGCGGAAACGGGCUGGAUACGGAACUCAGUUCCGAAUCCUAAGUGGCAGGGCCUUCAAGAAUCUUUACCGAGACCCAGCGCUCUUAGCAGCACAUUAUCUCUCGUCAAUUGCCCUAGCAUUAAUAUGUGGGCUGUUCUUCCACAAUGUCACCAAUGACAUCUCUGGUUUCCAGAACCGACUCGGACUUUUCUUCUUCACACUUGCUUUGUUUGGAUUUUCCUGUCUGUCGAGUCUGGGCCUGUUUGCGAACGAACGGAUACUCUUUAUUCGUGAGCGGGCAAAUGGAUACUACUCAACGGUGACAUACUUUGCCUCGAAGGUUCUCUUCGAUAUUCUCCCUCUCCGCGUUGUUCCACCCAUAAUGUUCGGCGCGAUUGUCUAUCCGCUGGUUGGGCUUGUUCCGGCGGUGGUAUCGUUCUGGAAGUUCAUGCUGAUCCUGGUGCUCUUCAACCUUACCACGGCCAUGGUCGUGUUGUUCCUUUCUAUUGCCAUCGCAAGCACGAGCGUUGCUGGACUUGCCGGGACACUUGUCAUGCUAUUCAACCUCAUGUUCACGGGCCUGCUCAUCAACCGAGAUAGUGUGCCUGCUGCUUUCCGUUGGCUUCACACCGUGUCGUUCUUCCAUGCGGCAUUCGAGGCUCUAGCGGUAAACGAGCUCAGAUACCUGCAUCUUACCGAGACCAAGUAUGGCGUUGAGUUGGAUGUCCCGGCUGCUGUAAUUUUAUCUACGUUUGGGCUCCACGCUCAGUCGUUCUGGUGGCCCAAUACCGCGCUUCUCGGCAUCUUUUUCACUGUACUGACCGCUGCGUCGUAUCUGACGCUGCAGUUGUUCGUCAAGGAGAAGCGGUAG